CUACACGAAGAAGAAGCAGCGCGAGGCGGCGGCGCGUCGAGAGGGAAAUCCAAAAACAACUCCGCCAACAAGUAAAUCUUGUGAGAAGUUUAACCGCUCAGAGCAGAGGAGGACAUCAGCUGGGAAACAAUGCAAAGGGCUUCCCGUUUGAAGCGUGAACUUCAGAUGUUGAGCACCGAUCCUCCUCCCGGGAUCACAUGCUGGCAGACCGAGGAACGGAUCGACGACCUCCGGGCACAGAUAGUAGGAGGAACAGGUACUCCUUAUGAAGGUGGAGUCUUCUCCCUUGAGGUCAAGAUACCAGAGAGAUAUCCAUUUGAGCCUCCAAAAAUGCGAUUCUUGACCCCAAUCUACCACCCAAACAUCGACACCUCGGGGCGUAUCUGUCAUGAUGCUCUCAAACUACCACCAAAGGGUGCCUGGAAGCCGUCUCUGAACAUCUCCACUGUUCUUACCUCGAUUCAGUUGCUCAUGGCUGAGCCCAAUCCAGAUGACCCACUGAUGGCAGAUAUCUCUUCAGAGUUCAAAUACAACAAACACGUGUUUGUGGAGAAGGCCAGGAGGUGGACACAGGAACAUGCAGUUCAGAAGAACACUGGAGUUGCAGAGAACGACAAAGAAAACACUCCAGAUCAGAAAGUCCCUCCAAAACGAGAUGCGUUCUCUCAACAGGAGACAGAAAAACCAGCAAAGCGACCUUGUGUGUAGCUUCAACAUCGUUGCACAUCUGUUGACUCUUUGUGGUUUGAAUCUGCAAUUUAGUAUUAAUGCUGCCUUUCAUUUAUUACGUAUAAUCCGUAGGUUUUGCACAUGUAUACACAAUCUGUAUUGUAAUUGUAAUAAAGUUAAAUAAUGUUGUGUGUCA